AACCCAAUUAGAAACCAAAGCCAAAAAAAAAAUCAAGCCGAAGCACAAUCAAAUUCUGGAAGUUCAGAAACCGUUCGAUUCAAGAAGUUGAACAAGAAACGAUCGUCGGCGUCACCGCACUCUCCGAUUCACACACUCACACUCCAAUUUCCACCGCAAAAGAUCAACAAUCCAUUCCAAUCUGAAUCGUUCCGAGUUUUAGUGCAAUUGUUCGGAUUUGUAAGGAGUAUUGCGUUGUUUAGGGUUAAAAUGAGGUUCGAGCGUGUGCACUGAUGUCAUUGUUUUGGGUUGUAGUUCGUCAGCUAGCAGAAAUUGAGGCAAUGGCGGCAUCAAAGAAAGUGAUUCCAAGGGAAGAGUGGGAGAGGAAGCUGAAUAAUGUCAAGAUUAGGAAAGAAGACAUGAAUAAAUUGGUAAUGAAUUUCCUUGUCACUGAGGGUUUCGUUGAAGCUGCUGAGAAAUUCCGCAAGGAGUCUGGAACUGAGCCUGACAUCGAUCUUGCUACAAUCACUGAUCGGAUGGCUGUUAAGAAGGCAGUACAAAGUGGUAACGUUGAAGAUGCAAUCGAGAAAGUCAAUGACUUAAAUCCUGAGAUACUGGACACAAACCCCCAAUUAUUUUUCCAUCUUCAGCAGCAGCGGCUGAUAGAACUAAUCCGGAAUGGAAAAGUAGAAGAAGCUUUAGAGUUUGCACAGGAGGAGCUUGCACCAAGGGGAGAGGAAAAUCAAGGCUUUUUGGAAGAAUUGGAGAGGACUGUUGCACUGCUUGCCUUUGAAGACAUCUCAAACUGUCCUGUUGGAGAGCUUCUUGACAUAUCACAGCGUCUGAAAACAGCAAGUGAGGUGAAUGCAGCUAUACUUACAAGCCAGAGUCAUGAAAAAGAUCCAAAACUUCCAAGCUUGUUGAAGAUGUUGAUAUGGGCCCAAAACCAGCUGGGUGAGAAAGCUUCUUAUCCUCGCAUAAAUGAUAUAACCACAGCCGCCUUAGAAGAUUCUGCUUAAAAGCUUGUGACAUUUCAAUUUGAAUGUGGAGAUUUUAGGCUCUAGAUGAAGUGAUUGUUGCCAUUGUUGUUAAAAAUUGUGUAUUUCUUUAAAUCGAAAGAUGUUUGAUAAAAUGUAAUGUUCGUUUUCUCCUAGGUAGCUGUUCCAGUGGUUUUAUACUGUUGUACAAAAAGAUUGUAAAAUACAGUCAUCUAUUCAAUUUUUUUCCCUUCAAGUUAA